GGGCACUUCAAAAGACCUCGAAUUCCUGUGUAGAAAAUUUUGCCACCAUCUUUGUGAAUCAUAGACCGUGUUUAUGAGUGUAAUGGGAGUGACGAUGCUUUGUUCAGUGAUGAAAUAAACAACGACAUCCUGAGCGUUGAAGUGCAUGGAGUUUGAGGAAUAUAUCUAAUGGAUAAAAAUGGCAAUUACUUGAGCUUUUGUUGACAAAAAAUAAUGUUUUGCUUCGCGAGGGCAUGAAACGGCAGUAGUAAACCAUAGUUUUGUCCUCCAGUUAAACAUUCAUCAAAAUGGAACUGUUCAUUGAAACAUUAACGGGAACCUUUUUUGAGUUGCGAGUGUCACCUUUUGAAACCAUUAUGUCUGUGAAAGCAAAGAUUCAAAGACUUGAAGGCAUUCCCAUUGGACAGCAGCAUUUAAUCUGGCAGGCCAUGGAGCUCGAGGAUGAUUAUUGUCUACAUGACUAUAGCAUUCAUGACGGCGCCACCCUGAAGCUUGUCUUGGCCAUGCGUGGAGGUCCCAUAAAUACUAGGAGAAUUCCAAUGGAAGAUCCUACUCUAAGAGAAAUGGCAGAAUAUGUAGAAGCAAAUCGAGAUGAAAUCUGGGAGAAAAUACCAGGCAAUCGACAAGUCACUCUGCUGGUGUUUAGAGAAGGGGACCAGUUGAAUUUUUUCCGUGUAGUUGAUCGAGGAGAUGGAACCCUUACCCCGCUCUCAGAAUCACUGAGUGGGGCCUCGAUGUACAAUUUUGAUGACCAGGAGGAGGAGGAAGAGGCACCUCCUAAGGAGAAACUCGAGGAAAAUGAACAACUGAAAGAAAAAAUGAAGCAGCUUAGAGGGAAAAUGGAGAAAUUGACUCUUACUAAAAAGCCUAAGAAAAAAAUUCCUCGUCCACCCUCUUCCGAACAUUCCAGUAGCAGCCGUGGUGCUAGACGUCGACAGCUCCCGGGCUCCGGGAGAACCUUAUCUCACAACCUCAAUAGAAACUUCUGUCUGCCACCUGUUGGACAUCAUUCAGCAUUUUCCCAAGGGGAGCAAACUGCUACAAUAGAAAUCAGCAACAAAGAUGAUAUAAACUCUGGUGGUGUUGUGGGUCAAAACAUGGCUGCUAGCCUAAACCAUAACAUAGGAAGUGGUUUGUUAAAUUAUAACGAACUUGAAACCAAUUCUGAACACAAUAAAAGCCAUAGUGCCAAAUCAACCCGAAGUAGGAGUCGCCAGAUGAUGGCAGAAAAUACGGAACUUAGUGCUAGCCGAUUAGGGAUUCUUUCCAGUGUUAAGGAAGAUAGUAGCCUCGUGCAUGAGUCACAACUGACCACUGAGUGGAGGGAGGGAGUAAAGUCCUGGGAGGGAGAGGAUAGUGAGAAUAUUAAAUCAGAUUUUCUAAGCUCUAACACUUGUACCCCUUCAUCCAAAAUGAGAGACCUACACAGAUUAAGCAGUCUGCAGGAAACAAAAAAGAAAGAUGUGAAUCUAGAAAAUUACAAGGAUACUCUACAGCCUCCUUCUUCUUCCAAAACAAAACAAAAACUGAAAGGGGAUCUCACAAUAGAAAAUAUUAAGGAAGUCCUGGGACGCCCCCAGGCAUCAAAUAAAGAUUUGACUUUAGAGAGUUUCCAAGAAUCUCUAGGGAGACCUACCACCUCCUCACGUUUUAAAGGACUGGAACGGAGGAAAGAAUUUACCCUAGAAAGUCUGAGUACAAGUGAAGCUCGGGCUAUGUCCGGACUCCUCAGGCAGGCAUCCCUAGAAAAAAUAGGAUCUUCUCGUAUUGGCAACUUUGUGCCGAGUGGAAGUAAAUCCCGUCUUGGAAAUUAUGCACUUGGGAGCACAAGUCAGGAAGGAAGGAUUAUUUCUCCAGAGGAACGAUUGUUGUCUGCCCAUCUACAGAGGGUCAACAGUCGCGAUGGAAGGAUGCUGUCCCCUUCACAUAGACUUCCGCCAGUAAAGUCCAAAAAGAAGGCUGCCAAACGGUGCUUUGUCUGUGGCAAGAAAACAGGCCUUGCCACCAGCUAUAUAUGCAGGUGUGGAAACAAUUUCUGUGCUACACAUCGCUAUGCUGAGUCUCACGAUUGCACUUUUGACUAUAAAACGGAGGGACGCAAGCUGUUGGAACAAAGUAACCCUGUCGUCAGUGCUCCUAAGUUACCCAAAAUCUAACUCAGGAACAAUAGGAAUAUGGCUGUGAACUCUUGUUUUUCGUGUGCUCUUUCAGUGUCUAGAAGAAAACCUUAAGUGGGGUACACAUAGAGUUAAUUACUGUUUGUUUUGGAAUGACUUUUAGCAUUGUAUUCCUUUUUUUAAAAUAGUUGAAGUGCAUUUGAUUCCUGUUUACUUAUCAUUAUAGUUUUAUUUUUCUUGAAUUAUAUCCAUCAAAUAACUGGUUGUUAAUAUUUUUGCAGAGGGAAAUCUAUAUUAGGUUUUUUUUUUAAUAAUUGUAUCUAUACAACGGUAAAGUGUAAUUUUUGCUAAUACUGUAAACUUCUGUAAUUAAUGGACCAAAUUUUGGAAUGCCAGUGUUAUAUAUUAAACAUAUCUAUAGGCAGUAUAUAGCCAUUGGGUUACAUUGAAUUAUAUUGUGUUAUCACUGAACAACAGAAACAUUCUAUAUUGAUUAAAUUUGUAAAUUAUGAAGGGCAGAUAAUUUAUCUUCAGUAUCAAAAAUACCUCUGUUAUAUGUUGGAUUGUCAGCUAAGUCAGAUAUAAGUUUAUAGCAUUCUGCCCCCUUUUUUUAUAUUUCCCAAUUUUAUCAUUGUCAUUUAUUUUUCCUCACAGAUAAAUGGUUUUAAAAAGAUUUGAGACAAAUUUAAGAAAAUUAAGAUGUUUUCUUUAAAAAUCUAGUCUAGAUUGAGAACUUGAUGUUUUGAAAGUGCACCUAUAAAUUGUAUAUUUUCUUGGAAUUUGUGAUAAUUAUUUUUUCAGAUGUCUUUCAUUUGCUGGGUGUUGAGUGGGAAUGUCAUUUUGUUUGUUUUCUGCUGAGAAUGUCUGCCUGUUGGUAUAUGCCUUUAUUACGUUAAAUCCCAGAAUCACUGGAGAUUUUACUUUGUGUUUGUUAGAUUAUCAUGUUUGUGAAUUUCAGAUUUUCAUUUUCACUAUUUUUUUCACGUACAUUUGUACUUGUUAGAAUGGACCUUUUUCUUCGUCAUUUGAGCACUUGUUAAAUUACAAUUACAAACUGUUUUUCACAGCUUUUAUUAAGAGCUUUUACAUUCAUUGCAGGGUUUUCACACAUGUUCGUAAUUGAUGUUUCAUUAUUAGUAACCCUUCAAGUUCUUUUAAGUAUCCAACGAGAAGUGAAUUGACAAGCAUUUUCAACAAUUAAAUCUAAUAAGUCAAUCCUUGUAUCUGGUGUACACAAAUGUUACUUUCAAGGUCUUUACCAAGUCUCAUAUGUUAAUAUAUCGUGCUACAAUGAUAUGGUUUUAAAAUUUCAUUAAAUUUUGGAGCUGUAAUGGUUUUAGCUGAGAUUCUACCAUUAUUUCAAGGUUAUCAUGAGUAAGGAAUAGAUCUGUAGGUUUUGAGGGAAACAUCUUAAAGAUGCAACAGUAUUGUGGUUACUUCUAUUAUAGUCAAAACAUUACUUGAAAUAUGAGAAGGAAUCGAAGCAUUACUUGGUCUUUUUCGAAACCUGCACAUCAAAUGAUGAGCAUUUUACUCAUUACUUAAUGCUGUAGGAUUUAAAUGUUUUAGUUAACAUCAAAUAUUAACAGUCUUGACCUUUCCUUCACCCCCCCCCCCCCUCCCCCCUCCCCUUCCCCACACCUUGUACCCAUUGUCUUGUUGAGUUCCCCGUCAAGUUUUUCGAAGACAUAGGCUGAGUGUUGUAAAGUGAAGGAUACAGACUAUAUUAUAGGAAAAAUAUACCCCAGUGUAUUAAUAAACUAUGUUUGAAAUUGUUAACUAAUUGAAGUUAGUGAUAAAUUCAAACCUUUUUUAAUUGUUUCAAAACAUAGUUUGGGUAUAUUUUUUCUAUUUUAAACAAAUUUGGUUUUCAAAUGAAUUUCAAAUUUUAGCCUAUGAUUGUCAAUGGAUUUGUAUUUUUUUGACCAAGUGAUGAUUCAUUUGCCUUGAAAUUGUUGUAGAAUAUAAGCAAGACAAAUACUCAAACAACAAUAUUUUGUUUAAUUUUUUUUUAGCUUUUUUUUUUCAAUAGUAUGUGUAAUCAUGUCCGUAGAUUGUUUAUUUUUACUACAAGUACACCUUUGAUAAAGUUUUUUAAGUUUCCCCAUUGAGGUGAUUUCAUGAAGGUGAUAAGUUACUCCCCCUUUUAGGGACAUUUUUUGUUAGCACCAAUGUUUAUGAUAAAUAACCAUUUAAUACAUGUUUUGUUUGUAUGCAUAUAUUGUUAUAUGCAUUUAGUGUAUAUUGUGCACAGUUAAUGAGUGUGAAUAAUUAUGAAAAAAAUAAAAACAAUCAAUAAA